GCGACGCGGGGUGGGGGACGCCGAUUUAGGGGAGCACCGAAAAACAAACGCUGACGUAAAGGGCACAGCUUACGGCGGAGACGACGAGUGCAAAGCGGCGUCUGUCCUUGACACGUCGGGGGCGGAGGAGGGGGGAGGCGCUUCCUACUUACGCCCACGCCACGCCCCGCGGCAGUCGGCGACGCGCGCCCGCGAGGUGAACACAGGCCCGCGACCGCGAGAUGGCCAGUGCUCGCCGAUAGACGCCGGUCGCGCCGCCCGCGCCGCGCUGCGCCAACAACGCCACAGGUUCGCCUCUCGCUUUCUCAUUAUGGCGCGCUACAAGCAGGCGGAGUUCGACGACGACGCCAGCAGCGUCGGGUCGGUUCAGCUGACUGGCACUUCGACGCCCGGCGGCCCCCGGAUCCGAUUCCGCAUGGGCUGGUCUCUGUGGCAGUCGCGCACACUGCUGGAGCGUCUGCUGCUGGUGGUGAUGGGCGCGCUGCUGCUGGCGCUGCUCAUCGUGUCCGCCGUCCUCCUCUCCAGGCCGUACACGCCCGCUCUCCUGCACGCCGAGGAAGCGUACUGCGUGACCAUGUCGUGCGUGACGGCGGCGGCGUCGGUCCUGAGCCUGAUGGACGAGACGGCGGACCCGUGUACCGACUUCUACCAGUACGCGUGCGGCGGUUGGGUGCGCGCCAACCCCAUCCCCGACAGCAAGUCCAUGUGGGGCACCUUCGUCAAGCUCGAGCAGCAGAACCAGCUCGUCAUCAAGAACGUACUAGAGCAGCCAAUGUCAGAGUUCAAGAGUGAGGCAGAGCGCAAAGCGAAACUGUACUAUAUGUCCUGCUUGGACGUCAACGACACAAUAGAAACCCUGGGGCCAAAGCCAAUGCUGGACCUUCUCGAGAAAAUUGGAGGGUGGAACAUUACUGGUAAUUUCAGCAUUAAGAAUUGGAGCCUGCAGAAAUCGCUGGAAACGUUACAGAACCGUUACAACAUGGGUGGACUAUUCACCUGGGCCGUAGGUGAAGACGAUCGAGAUUCCAAGAAACAUAUUAUACAGAUUGAUCAAGGAGGCUUAACUCUUCCAACUCGUGACAACUAUCUCAAUGGAACUAUGGAUGAUAAAGUAUUGUCUGCUUAUCUGGAGUAUAUGACUAAGAUUGGUGUGCUGCUUGGUGGUGAAGAGAAGAACGUGCGCACUCAGAUGAAGGCGGUAAUAAAGUUUGAAACAGAAUUAGCAAAAAUCAUGUCACCACAAGAAGACAGAAGGGAUGAAGAGAAGCUGUAUAACAACAUGGAGCUGGAUUUGGUGCAAGCGAAGGCCCCCUUUAUUGACUGGCAUGCAUUUUUCUCAAAUGCAAUGGAAAAUAUCACGCGUAAAAUCAGCAAGAAAGAGAACGUCGUUGUUUACGCUCCGGAAUAUCUAGAAAAAUUAAAUGACAUAAUCAAGAACUACACCAACACCACUGACGGUAAAAUAAUCCUUAACAACUAUUUGGUGUGGCAGACAGUCAGGAGUAUGACCAGUUAUCUCUCAAAAGCUUUUCGUGAUGCGUACAAAGGAUUAAGAAAGGCCCUUGUAGGCUCUGAAGGAGGAGAAAAGCCUUGGAGAUACUGUGUUACUGACACAAACAACGUCAUUGGUUUUGCUAUUGGUGCUAUGUUUGUCAGAGAGGCUUUCCAUGGGAAUAGUAAACCUGCAGCAGAAAACAUGAUUAAUCAGAUAAGAACUGCAUUCAAGAACAACCUGAAAAACCUGAAAUGGAUGGAUGCUGAGACACGGAGGGCAGCAGAGAGGAAAGCUGAUGCCAUAACUGACAUGAUAGGCUUUCCAGACUAUAUACUAAAUCCAGCAGAACUGGAUCAGAAGUACAAAGACCUAGAAAUAAAAGAAGAUGAAUAUUUUGAAAAUAAUAUUCGCGUCAAUAAAUAUAAUCUGAAAUCAAAUUUAGAAAAACUUGAUCAACCAGUUAAUAAAACCAGGUGGGGUAUGACACCUCCCACUGUAAAUGCCUACUAUACACCAACCAAGAAUCAAAUUGUUUUUCCUGCUGGCAUUUUGCAAGCUCCAUUUUAUGACAUUGGACACCCAAAAUCUAUGAAUUAUGGAGCAAUGGGAGUUGUUAUGGGACAUGAACUUACUCAUGCAUUUGAUGAUCAAGGUAGAGAAUAUGAUCAGAAUGGUAAUCUACAUAAAUGGUGGAACAACCAGACAAUUGAAGCAUUCAAGGAAAGGGCACAGUGCGUAGUUAACCAGUAUUCCAGCUACACAGUUGACAAUAAACACGUAAAUGGAAAACAGACACUAGGUGAAAACAUUGCUGAUAAUGGAGGACUUAAGGCAGCUUAUCAUGCUUAUCUUGAAUGGGAGCAAAGAAAUCCUCGUGAAUUACCUCUGCCUGGGUUAAACUUCAGCCACAAACAACUUUUUUUCCUCAGUUUUGCCCAGGUAUGGUGCUCUGCAAGCACAGAGGAAGCUAUAAAAUUGCAGCUUGAGAAGGAUCCUCAUGCUCCACCAAAGUUUAGAGUUAUUGGCCCACUUUCCAACCUGCAUGAGUUCUCAUCAGAAUUUCGUUGUCCUCUGGGAUCCAAGAUGAAUCCUUUGCACAAAUGUGAAGUGUGGUAAAGUGUCAACAGUUCUGAAAUCCAGGGUAAAUGUGCAUACAUUGCCUUAAUGUCACACAAUGAGUGUUUCUGGUCAAAGUGAAGGAACAAAUGGGAAGCAUAUCAGUAUACGGUACUUGAAAAUGUGUUAAAAGUUGUAAUAAAAAGAACAAGAUGUAUAAAAUGCAAUCAUAUAUGCUGUUGCUUGGUUUUGUAUACAGUGCUGUUUUACAUGUGAAGAGAUAUGUAUUGUUUUCAUUAAA